GCUUGUCGUACACAGAGAAGCCCUUUUCACUUGUGUCUAUCAGAUGAACCGAAACUAGUAAAAAACUGAACCAGAAGUGCUUGUGAAGAAGUCUCGAUCCUGUGCAACAAUCUGUUAGCGUUGAAUCCCAAACUGACCUUUUAGUGGCCUACAGAACGCGCGGCAGUUCGAAGGAAUUCCUUUUUUUCGCGUCGGUUCGCGCAAUUCAAGAUGACUCCAAAAGAGCUUCAGCCAUGGCAUACGUUUGUUCUCCUACUCUUAGUACAAUGGAUUUUCUUUGGCGAUUGUCUCAUUGUUGCUCUGUUCAAGUCAUAUGUUUUGUAUCUGAUUGUUGGCGGGUGGAAAUUUCAAAGAUUGUUCUUUCUCACUAUUCGUCGUGACUUAAAAGGUUUACGAUGUCUUGGUAUGAUUCUCUACCACACGUAUCACCAACACUUUACGAAAGAGAACUUUGCGGAGAUUUUUCAACGCACAGUCAAAAAGCAUGGUCGUUUGUCCACAGCAAUCUAUCACGAGGAUCAGGUUUGGACACUGGGAGACCUGGACGCCUAUUCGAAUAAGGUGGCCAACCAUCUGAUCAGCUGUGGACUGAAACGAGGUGAUGUGAUUUUUAUGUUGAUGCAGCCUUCCGCGGCCUAUUUGGGUAUCUGGCUCGGAGCAGUGAAGGCAGGCAUUAUUCCCGGCCUGUUAAACUACAAUUUACGAAACGCUUCACUCACUCGGUGUCUAGAUGAGCUGGAUGCCAAAGCGAUUGUGGUUGGCAAUCGCUUGAAAGACGCAUUUGUGGAAAUCGAUGGCGAGGCUAAAUAUUCAAAUGGCAUGUUCUGGUACGUAGACGAGGAUUCUAGUCGACCGGAGUCCGCUUUCAGUAACGAGGCAUCGUCUACGGGGACUUGGAAUCAGGUCAUAGCAAAAUCUUCGUGGGCGCCACCACCGAAACUAUCCCGAAUGAAUGGUAGAGAGCGUAUAGCUUACCUGUAUACCAGCGGGACUACCGGAUUUCCGAAGGCGGCAAUCAUCACGACUCCACGUUUCAUCUACAUGACCUCGGGUACCCGAUACGGAUUUGGGAUACGAGCAUCGGACAUUAUCUACAUCUCUGUUCCGCUACACCACACUCUGGGGCUUAUUUGCGGGGUCGGCCAAUUGAUGCUCCACGGAACUUGUCUUGCGAUUCGCUCCAAGUUCUCUGCCUCACAGUUUUGGGACGAUUGUAUCAAAUACAACUGUACGGUUGUUCAAUAUAUUGGUGAACUAUGUCGUUUCCUUCUCGCCCAACCGCCAAAACCAACCGACACCAUGCACCGAGUCCGUCUGGCCUAUGGGAACGGGUUGCGCAAAGAAACUUGGAUCCAAUUUCAAAAUCGGUUCAAAGUCCCGGAGAUUGGCGAAUUGUUCGGUGCCACCGAGUCGAAUACCAGUAUUGUCAAUUGUGAUCAGACAGUUGGCGCUAUCGGCUUUAUCCCAUUGUGCAUGCGUUCCAGUUAUCCAAUCUACAUAAUCAAAAUGAAUGAGACCGCAGAUGAGCCCAUCAGAGAUCCAGCAACUGGACUGUGUAUCGAAUGUGGACCCAACGAAGUUGGCCAGAUCGUUGGCAGAAUUAAUGAGAACAAUCCGUCUCGGUCGUACGACGGUUAUUUGAAUCGCGAUGAAUCGGAAAAGAAAGUCCUUCGUGAUGUAUUCAAAAAAGGCGAUCAGUGGUUCGCCUCAGGAGACCUCCUAUACUACGAUGAGCUAGGCUACUUGUUCUUUAGUGACCGUGUCGGAGACACCUUCCGGUGGCACGGUGAGAAUGUAUCCACGUCCGAAGUUGAAGCUGUUCUAAUGAAAGAAUUCCCCGAUACUGGUAUUAAUGUCUACGGUGUCUUGGUUCCCGGCACAGAAGGCAGAGCCGGUAUGGCUGCAUUUGAAGUUGACAUCAAAUCGAUGACUACCGAACAAGAACAGUUGAUGGUAGCGAAGAUUUACUCGUCCACUGAAAAAGCCUUACCCCCGUACGCCAGACCCCAGUUUUUACGCUUUUGUGCAGAUUUUGAGAUGACAAACACAUUCAAACUGCUCAAGCGCGGGUUGAUGAAAUCCGGCUUUGAUCCGACCAACACCAAGGAUCAUCUUUACAUUCUGGACAAGCAGUCCAAAUGCUACGUACCACUCACAGAAAACGACAUCGUUCUCAUAUUCGAAGGGGAGGAGAAGGCGCAGGUAUUUUUGGAUGAACUGGCUAAAGUCAUCUCGUCCUUUGGUAUGCACUUUGCACCCACAAAGUGUAAGGUCAUGCUCGUGGACGUGCAGUCACUGAACACGCCACUUACAAUCCAGGGAAAGGCACUGGAAGUUGUGGAGCGUUUUACAUAUCUUGGAAGUUGUAUUAGUUCUGACUGUAGUACAAUUAUGACCUCAGAGCGGUUUAUCUUUGAAUAUCAAGGACGUGUGUAUCAAGCUACAGUACGGCCUGUUUUGUUGUAUGGCUGUGAGAAUUGGCCUAUUCUAGCAGCGGAACUGAGACGUCUUCAGGUGUUCGACAAUCGUUGUUCCAGAACCAUAGCUCGUGUGGGUUGGUGUCAGCGAACCCGUAAUGCGGCAGUGAGAAAGCGCGUUUUCGGUUGUGCAACGGCUACUUCCAUUGAAGAAUGUGUCCGGCACCAGAAGCUGCGUUGGUUGGGACACGUGUUACGUAUGCCCAACCAUCGCUUGUAG